CACAAGCCCUGCAUUCAUUAAUAGCAGGCAUAACGUAACCGUGAGGGUAAUGGGGAAAUAACCGUGGUACUUUAACCGGGAUCAUGGUCAGGAAAUACAUCUUAGUCGCUGUUUUUUUGCUGUCUUGCGUUUCUGGGAUUGACAACAAAGACAUUUUCAAUGGGCUUUCAUUAAAACUUUCAAAGUACUCCAUUGUAAAUCCUCAGCUGAUUCGCAGAUGGACAAGGAGCAUCAACAGCCAACCAAAAGAGGAGGAUGGAGAAGAGACAGUGUCAUAUGCUGUCAACAUAAACAACAGAAAACACCUGCUUCACCUAAAAAAGAACAGAGACUUUCUACACCCAAACUUUGUUCAGUAUUCACGUGACGCCAACGAUAACCACAAGCCAUCAUAUCCAAAACUGCAUGUGCACUGCUAUUACCACGGAGAGGUGGAAGGAUAUGAGGAUUCAUUGGUGGCGCUCAGCACAUGCUCUGGCCUCAGGGGUGUGAUCGUCCUUGGAAAUGAGACAUAUGGACUUGAGCCUGUGCCACAGUCUGCCACCAACGAGCACCUUCUGUACCUCCUGAAGGACAGUGAGUCAGGGCCCGUCCGUUGCGGGGUCGUCAGUGAGGCUGAGUCAACGCAGAGCCACGAACCCUUUGAGCCUGGGCAAUCCCUGACUUCACUGCUGCGGAGGAAGCGCAAUUUACCUCAAACCAGUUAUGUGGAGUUGGCGCUUGUGGUCGAUAAUCUCAGGUAUAAUCAUAAGGAACAAAAUGAGACGGCGGUACGAGAGGAAAUGGUGGAACUGGCUAAUCUACUGGAUGGGUAUUACAAGAAGCUGAAUAUCCGUGUGGUGCUGGUGGGCCUGGUUAUUUUUAAGGAUAGUAAUCCCUUCAGUGUGGAAGGCGGUGCAGGAGAGGUGCUGGGAAGGUUUGUCAAGUGGAGGAAGAGUACUCUGUUACCAAAGAUCAGGAAUGACAUCGGUCAACUCAUUGUUGGUCGUCCUGGUGUAUAUGAGGGAGGUAUACUGGGUAUGGCCUUCGUGGGCACAGUCUGCUCCCCAGCGCACGCCGGAGGAAUCAACGUGUACGGCAACGACAACCUGGCUAUUGCCUCCACUGUGGUGGCUCAUGAGAUGGGCCAUAACCUGGGCAUGAAUCACGACAACGGGCGCUGCACCUGCGAUGGAAAAAGCUGCAUCAUGGGCGCUGCUGGUGGGUCCCCCACUUUUAGCAGCUGCAGUGAACAAGACUUUGAGAAGCUGGUCAUUCGAGGAGGAGGCUUGUGUCUGAAAAACCAGCCAUCCCCGUCAGAUGUGAUUGGAGUCGCUGAAUGUGGCAAUGGCCGGCUGGACAAAGGAGAGCAGUGUGACUGUGGCAAACCAGAGGAAUGCAACAAUAAAUGCUGUAAUGCUGCCACCUGCACAUUUACAUCUGGGUCGGCUUGUGCUCAGGGAGAAUGCUGCGACAACUGUCAGAUCAUGGUUUCCGGAGCACCAUGCAGAAAGUCUGUCAACACCUGUGAUCUCUCUGAGUACUGUAAUGGCAAAAAUGCAUCCUGUCCCGACGACUUCUAUGUCAUGGACGGCCUGCCCUGUCAGGACGGUCAAGCUGCUGCGUACUGCUAUGAGGGCCGAUGCCAGACGUACGAUUACCAGUGCAAACAUCUCUUUGCACCAGAUCCAGCAACCAAGGCAGCAGAUAUUUGUUUCCAGAAUGCAAACACAAGGGGAAACCAAUUUGGAAACUGUGGAACCAACGGCAAAACCUUCAUCAAAUGUGCUGUAGCAAACUCCAUGUGUGGAAAGUUGCAGUGUGUUAACGUGGACCUUGACACCCCCCCGUCUGGUGCCCAAGUCAGUGUGGAAGAAGUUCAAGGGUCAAGGUGUAUUAACGCACACUUCAACCUUGGCACCGACGUGCAGGAUCCCGGCUACGUCAACAAUGGCAGCCCUUGUGAGAAAGGAAAGACCUGCAUAGACUUUCAGUGUGUGAACGCCUCCUUUCUGCUGCCCAACUUGGACUGUAGUGCCCAGACCACCUGCAACAGCCGAGGGGAGUGUAAUGACCAAGGGCACUGCCACUGUAAGAACGGGUGGGCCCCGCCUAACUGUGACAAGUCAGGGCGAGGUGGCAGCAUAGACAGCGGUCCUGCUCAGAUAGAUUACUCCCUCAGGAACGGCCUGUUGAUCUUCUUCCUGUUGGUGGUUCCUGUUCUGGUCCUUGUCAUUCUGGGGCUGCUCUUCGUCUUCAGGAGAGACUCUCUGGACCCGUGCAUAAAAGGAGCCAGGCACCUCAAGUCACGUAAUGCUGGAAAUGCAAAUGGGCAGUCAAACAGCAAUGUUCAGACAAGUGUCACCACUCAGCCUCCAGCACAGGCUCCUUCACAGGGGCCUGGACAUCCAGGAGCUACCACAGUCCCGAUCUCUGGUUUCAGGUAUGGAGAACUGGAUUAUUGGAAUGCAGAUGAAAGCGGUGCUCCUGCAAAACCAGCAGCUCCAAUGCAAGGACCCGGAGUACCCAAACCCAUCCCGCACAAGGAGCCACCAAUCUGAUUCUCCUUUUAUACAAAGUAUCGUCAGUUGUAUUGUGAAUGUACGGAGUUUACCACAGCUCAACACUGUAUGAAGAGACAAUCUGAAAACACUGUGAUAACAACAGACUCACUUUGAUUUGUUGCAAGCACC